UGGCCAUCUCUAUUUCUGAUAAAAAUCAAGUAAAAUUUAAAUUACACAAAAAAAUGACUGAAGAAGCCAACAUUCCCGAACAAAUAGCUGAUGGCAAGAACAAAACCAAUGUGCGCUGCCAGUACUGCAACAGUCUAAUGUUAAAGGCGAGCGAGGGGAGCUACAGCGAGCAAGAGAUAGAUGUGCCCCUGAUGGUGCAAAAGCAGGACAGGACGGCGGAGAACCUAAACACGGAGCCCCUGAAGCACUUCUGGCUGGUGAAGGACAUGCUGUCGUUCGAGAACAUCGGCUUCUCCCACACCGUGGACGGCAAGAAGUUUCUGGUGUGCGCCGACUGCGAACGCGGACCCGUGGGCUACCACGAGCUGAGCACCAAGCAUUGUUACCUGGCCCUCAGGCGGGUGGUGCACACGGACUAAGUAGACUUGACGCUGGCUGAGAUCUCAAGGCUUCAUUUAUCAUUGAGCGCACAUUGAUUUUCAUUUAACCCAGUCUGUAACGUGUUUAUUAUAUGUAUACGAAGUGCGUGGUUAUAGAAAGUGCCGCAGAAGAGCUCCUAAAUAUAUGCAUUUACUCUAAGCAAUCCCCUGGCCUGGGCAAUACUGAAAACAUAA